GGCGCUGAGGAGCGUUGGGGCAGGUCGGGGUGCGAUGGCAGUGGGGUGCCAGCUGCCCGCGGGCCCACGAUCGGGUCCCAGGACCGUCCCCUCUGGGCCACGUCCCCCCCGGGCCAUGUCCCCCCCACAACGUGGCAGCAAGACCGUGACCGCGUCCUCAGGCAGCGGGACCGGAGCGGGGGGGCCACCUCGGGGGUCUCAGCUGCCUCCCACCCCCAGGCUCAGCGCGGCGCCCCGGCUCCCGCUGCGCUGCCUGUGCCGAGACCUCCUGGGCGCCCGGCGGUGGCCGCCCGGCUCCGGCACCCGCCCCGCGGCAAACGGCUCCCUGCGCCCGCCCAGCGCCAUGGCGGGCUCGCCGGGCCUCAAGCCGCUCGUCGCCGUGUGCCAGCUGACGUCGACGCCUGACAAGGAGCUGAACUUCGCGGCCUGCGCGGGGCUGGUGCGGGAGGCGGCGCGGCACGGCGCCUGCCUCGUCUUCCUCCCCGAGGGCUUCGACUACAUCGGCUCCAACGCCGCGGAGACCCUCAGCCUCGCCGAGAGCCUGGACGGGGACCUGCUGGGGCGCUACGCCGGGCUGGCCAGGGACUGCGGCGUGUGGCUGUCCCUGGGCGGCUUCCACGAGCGAGGCCGCGACUGGCCGACCACGCAGCGCAUUUACAACUGCCACGUGCUGUUGGACCCCGCCGGCUGCCGCGUGGCCGCGUACAGGAAGACCCACCUGUGCGACGUGGAGCUGGAGGGCCGCGUGACCAUGAAGGAGAGCAGCUUCACCAACCCCGGCCCCGAGAUCGUGCCCCCGGUCAGCACGCCGGCGGGGAAGCUCGGCCUCUCCAUCUGCUAUGACCUGCGCUUCCCCGAGAUCUCGCUGGCGCUGCGGCGGGCCGGGGCCGAGAUCCUCACCUACCCCUCGGCCUUCACCGUCACCACGGGCUCCGCGCACUGGGAGGUGCUGCUGCGGGCCCGGGCCAUCGAGAGCCAGUGCUACGUGGUGGCGGCCGCCCAGACGGGCAAGAACCACGAGCGCCGCACGUCCUACGGCCACUCGCUGGUGGUGGAUCCCUGGGGCUCCGUGGUGGCCCAGUGCCGGGAGGGCCCCGGGCUCUGCUACGCCGAGAUCGACCUGGAUUACCUGCACCGCGUCCGCCGGGAGAUCCCGGUGCACAGCCACCGCCGGCCCGACCUCUACGGCACCGUGGCGGCGGCCGGGGCGCCGGCGCCCUGAUGCUGCCGGUCUCCGCACGGCGAUUCCGGCUGAUCUCCGCUCACCUCCGGGGCCCCGGGCUGGCAGCAGGGCUGUCCCGCCCGUGAAGGGCAGAGCCGGGGAGCCUGCUCCCCCCCCGCAAUAAAUCGAAUCGUGCCUGCCUCGCGCGUCCAUUUUCCCCAGCCUGAAACCGGAGCGGGGCCCCGGCCGCUCCGUUUGGAGACGGCGACUACCUGGAAACGCGGAUCUGGGGCAGGAAGGUGCCAGUGCUCUGCUCCCUGGUUUCUCCGUGUGCUGCUCCAGGGCUCCCUGGGCACAAGCAGCAGAGCCAGGAGGACGUUUCCCCCCUUUCAGUGCUGUGGGGAAGCCCUGGGGCCAGCUCUGCCCCCCCCCCCCCAAGUCACAGCCCCCCAAGUGGCACCGCCGGGUGUGGGGCUCCCCCAGCAGCGCCUUUCUCCCUUCCCCAUUCCCGAGCUGCUCCCGGGACAGGCGGCUGCCCGGGAAGGAAGGAGCCGCACGCUGCAGUAGAUGUUUAUUUCGAGAGAACUGAAAAGCUACACAGGGAAUAGGACCGUUAUAGUGAAGUCUUUAAAAAAUACAGAAGUCACAGAAAUCACA